AUUUUGCUUUCGCUCGAAGGGCUAGGCAGGCGCAGAGUGACUUCCGCUUUCCUGAGCACAGCAGCGGCAGCAGUGCUGAAAUCAGGGCGGAUUCACGGAGUCUGGAGAAAGAUGGACAGUCAGGGCAGGAAAGUGGUGGUCUGUGACAACGGGACAGGGUUUGUGAAGUGUGGCUAUGCCGGCUCUAAUUUUCCCGAGCACAUUUUUCCGGCUCUGGUCGGGCGGCCCAUCAUCCGCUCCACUGCCAAAGUUGGAAACAUUGAGAUCAAGGACCUAAUGGUGGGCACUGAAGCGAGCGAGUUGCGUUCCAUGCUGGAGGUGAACUACCCGAUGGAGAACGGCAUCGUGAGGAACUGGGAUGACAUGAAGCACCUGUGGGAUUACACCUUCGGCCCUGAGAAACUCAACAUCGACUCGCGAAGCUGCAAGAUCCUGCUCACAGAGCCGCCCAUGAACCCCACCAAAAACAGAGAGAAAAUCAUUGAGGUGAUGUUUGAGACCUAUCAGUUCUCAGGGGUUUAUAUCGCAAUCCAGGCUGUACUCACUCUUUACGCUCAAGGUUUGUUGACGGGAGUUGUUGUGGACUCUGGUGAUGGCGUCACUCAUAUUUGUCCAGUAUACGAAGGUUUUUCUCUCCCUCAUCUUACACGACGUCUAGACAUUGCUGGGAGAGACAUCACACGCUACCUCAUCAAGCUGUUGUUGUUGAGAGGUUACGCCUUCAAUCACUCGGCCGACUUCGAGACGGUGAGGAUGAUGAAGGAGAAGUUGUGUUACGUUGGCUAUAACAUCGAGCAGGAGCAGAAGCUCGCUCUGGAGACCACCGUACUGGUGGAGUCAUACACGCUGCCGGAUGGCCGGGUGAUCAAAGUGGGCGGCGAACGCUUCGAAGCUCCUGAAGCUUUGUUUCAACCUCAUCUUAUCAAUGUGGAGGGAGUGGGUGUGGCCGAGCUGCUCUUCAACACCAUCCAGGCAGCCGACAUUGACACCAGGUCUGAGUUUUACAAACACAUUGUUUUAUCGGGCGGUUCUACGAUGUAUCCCGGCCUGCCGUCUCGUCUGGAGCGCGAACUUAAGCAGCUGUACCUGGAGCGAGUGUUGAAGGGAGAUGUCGACAAACUCUCGAAGUUCAAGAUCCGCAUCGAAGACCCUCCACGGCGUAAACACAUGGUGUUUUUGGGCGGAGCUGUCUUAGCGGACAUCAUGAAGGACAAAGACAACUUCUGGAUGACCCGAGAGGAGUAUCAGGAGAAGGGAGUGCGUGUUCUGGAGAAGCUCGGUGUCACUGUUAGAUAAAUCACACACGCGCGCGCGUAUACACGUCCGCAUACACGCCCAUUCCAAACUUCACAUAUUUGCACCCGCUGGCAUUUUUGCAGUAUAAACAGAUGGUUUUUUGCAGAAAUAUAUACUUGAGGAUAACAAUAAAAUACUUGAACUUACUUUGCAAUCCAAAAAAGUGCUCUGUUUGUACGACAUUCCAAACGUAACGGUUCGUAGGCGAACUGUAAACAUAAACUAAUAAAGUGAUUUGCUUAUGAAACCACCUGUUUACGCUGCCAAAAUCAAGCCUUAACAAUCCCUCUUGUUCAUGCAUCAUCAUAUCAUCAGCUCGUGUUUAUUUUGGUUGCUGUCCACACCGUCACAAUGAAGAGAAAUGUCACUCGUAAGAGAGGAAAACACGGAUGGAGGUGGUGUGCAGGCAGAGGGACUACACAAUGAAAUAGAUGUAUUUUUUAAAAACUUAAAAAUUAAAAUAAACAUUGUUUUUGUAAUAAGGAUGGAUUAAAAGCAACUGCAGCCAGUUUGCUAUAAAAAAUAAAUAAACUAAUAAAGAUUUGUGCCCGACGGUAUUAAAUAUGGACAUUCCUGUGAAGGCAGACUGCUUUUGCUGAAUUGUCUACCUUCUUUAACUUGCUGUAUUAACUCUUUGUUUUUAAUCGCUACGUUUGGGCACUAAAUAACUGGGACCAACUUUCCCCCAAAAAGCAUUUGCCAGAAAAUAUGGGUACAGAGAAUCUCUACUGAUCCAUCUCUACAUGUGUAAUGAUAACUGCAUGGGUAAUAUUUGGAAAGUUAAAUCUUGACCCUCAAGCUGCUUGAAUCUUUAAAUGUAAUUUGGCUUUAUACAAUGAGGUGUGUACAUUAAUGGGGAUCAAUCAAUGUUUUUAACAUUUUGGUCAAAUGUGCACAUGGUUUCGUGAGAUUCGCAGCUGUGUUACGUGCAGAAGUAAAUCCAUGCGCGGUGAAGCGUAAUUGCAGGUAUCGGUCACGCGCGUCGCAGGGUAUCCGAGCCGCUGGUCUUGAUUUUGGCUUUAAUUGGCGUGUCUCGCAAUAACCCCGCGUCCUUCUCCCCGUGCAAUCAACCGCAAACCUGUUUAUUUAGUCUCCUAACAAGUAUCAGUCCUGCUCGCCAUUGUUUACUUUCUUCACCCUCAUUUUUUCCAUUACGUUUUUGCAUUUACGUUGGUUAAGUUAGAUCCAUCAAAUUAUUGACAUGCUUAGACACCGCAUUGAAUCCUGGGUCAGUGUCCUUGCCAUAUUUAGGAGUUUAUAUGUGUGUCUAUGAAUGAAAUGGACUGGGAAUGAAGGGUGACAACAACAGACUCCCGGCGGGCGUUUCUUUGUCUGAUGCUUUUCUCCCAGACUAAAGCAGCAGAGAUUGUAAUGAUUAUCUGCCUAUUUGUAAUAUGAAUGACAUGAUGGUAUUAGAGAUGAUGAUGAUGAUGAUGAUAAUGUCAGUGUCUGUACUCACCUGUUGGAAGCUGAAUGUUUCUGUGUUCGGCUUUGGGUUUGCACACGUUCAGACUCUUCACACGGUUAGCGAAUGAUUAAUUCACGCGCAUACACCAUUCCUGUGCCAUGUUUUGGUAUUGUAGUUGGAUCAGACGUUUUGUUUGUUUGUUUGUUUUUCUGCCUUUUGUUUGUUUGUAGCGUACUGCCAGACUUGAUUUAAAUAAAGAAAAUUGAUUUAUAA